CCGAGUUAAAUGAAUGAGAUGCGGGCAGAUAGGGACCAGAGAGGCGGAUGAUAAGAGGAUGAACCGGCUGAUGGAGCUUCAGGAUCAUCAUUUGAAUCCUGCUUCAACGCUUGAAGAAAAAGAACAUCAAAUAAAAUCAUCAUUUUUUUAAUCAGUGGCUGCAGAAACAGCCCUAUACAUUUUUCGGUUAACAUUAACGUCGGUGAAGCUGGAGCUGUCUUCGUUGUGAUGAUUAAACCUUGAUUAUGCACCAAUUGUUUUCUCCAAAGUCAGCGGGGAUGAGGCUUUCUCUCGAAGCAGGACAUCAACCAUCGCAAAGCAGGGUUAAUAAAGGAAUGAGUUGCUGCAGUGAAAAACUCUUUAAUGCCAAACUCGGUUGAAGGAAUUUAAUUUAAUGGCACAGCGGACUGCACGAAAGAGCCAGCGUCUGAAAGCGGGAUUUAUGAGAAGUGUGUUUAUUGGACGUUUUUUCGGCUGAGGAUAACUACAUCUACAUGUGUCAUAUUUCAGUGUUACAUUGUAUUUCACAGAAGCAGCAGCUAAUGGAGUAACGUUACUUUAAUCCAGCUAGCAACGGGUGGAUCAUAUUUUGCGCAGUUUUACCAGUUUGAGAACAUUUAAGUUUGUCUACUCCGACACUUUUUUUGUUUUUAUUUAGGCAACUUUGACAGCCUAAAUUAUGUUAUAAAUCACACUGCCUUUCCGGUCAGUGUGGCCCCGAGUUUAGUCCGCUAAUCCUCGUUUUAUGAAGAGUUGUAUUUAGCUAACGGUUGCAACUACUAGUUAGCAGUCAGUGCUGCCUCUGCGUUCAUCAUGCAUGCACAGACACGUUUGCUUGGAUGAAACCAUCUAACAAAAAUGUACUCAAACAAGGGCAUGACAAAAACAACUCCACCGCCAAGCCCAUGUCUGGACUGAGAGAAGCUCCGUGGCGGUGAAGCCACAACCACCACAGCGGCUUUAAGUUGGACAGACAGAGAAGGGGGAUCAAAAGCUGAAGCUAGCCUGUUCACAUAGCCCUCAAGAGACCACCGAGAGGAUCAUUUUCGACUCAACUAAAGAGGCAAAAAUCCAGCAAAAAUGGGAGAGCAGCCCAUCUUCAGUACCCGGGCCCACGUCUUCCAGAUCGACCCAAACACCAAGAAGAAUUGGGUUCCCACAAGUAAACAUGCUGUUACGGUCUCCUACUUCUUUGACAGUACCAGGAAUGUCUAUCGAAUCAUCAGUCUCGAUGGAUCUAAGGCCAUUAUCAACAGCACCAUCACCCCCAACAUGACGUUCACCAAGACGUCGCAGAAGUUUGGCCAGUGGGCCGACAGCCGGGCGAACACUGUGUACGGCCUCGGCUUCUCCUCUGAGAGCCACCUGGCCAAGUUCGCAGAAAAGUUUGCUGAGUUCAAGGAGGCGGCGCGGUUAGCGAAGGAGAAGUCUCAGGAGAAGAUGGAGCUCACCAGCACUCCCUCUCAGGAGUCGACGCCGGGGGAUCUGCAGUCCCCUUUAUCUUCAGACACCAUCAACGGAACGGAGCUGGAGCGUGCCACACCCGACACGCCUCAGCACUUCGAAACCAGAGCUGAGCCUUCCCACAAUACACUGCCUCCCUCACACAGUUCCUCCAGUAUGAAUAAGCACUGGGAGGCCGAGCUCGAGGCUCUGAAAGGAAACAACGCCAAACUGACGGCCGCCCUGCUCGAGUCCACGGCCAACGUGAAACAGUGGAAACAGCAGCUGGGGGCGUACCAGGAGGAGGCGGAGAGGCUACACAAACGGGUGACGGAGCUGGAGUGUGUGAGUGGCCAAACCACAGUGAUCAAAUCCCAAAAGACAGAACUCAACCAAACCAUAGAGGAGCUGGAGGCGGCGCUGAAGGCCAAGGAGGAGGAGUUGGAGAGACUCAAAGCAGAGGUGGAGAGUGCCAAUGGCUUUCAGUUUAAGAAAGACUCCCUUACACAGAAACUGCAGGACACUGAGUCGAGGAACCAGGCGUUGGAGGCCCGGCUGAGCGAACUGGAACUGCGUCUGGAGAGCCAGCAGCAGGAGCGCGAGGCGUUCAGAGCCAGUCUGCGCUCGCUGCUGGAGCUGCUGGACGGAAAGAUCUUCGAGCUGACGGAGCUGCGCGACACACUGGGGAAACUCCUGGAGAGCAGCUAGAGAGACGCAAACACUGUUACCCAUUUCAUCAUCACCACCACAGCCAGCCAUUAGGAGGAACACCUGCAUGUUGGCACUCACGCCGUCACUGACGUAACUUGAAUUUAAUUCUCAGUGUGAAAGUUUACACACAACCUGAUGCAUUUACGGUACACACUUGUUUUGCUACGUCAGAUUUGUACACGUUUACAAAGAAGCGGAGCGAACGAGGCUUUGCUUGGAUCAUGCCUUCCCUAGAAUAUUCUUUAAUACAAGAAAAACUGUUUUCGUCUCCAUUGGUGGUGACAUUUUGCUUCUUCAAUCAUGCAGACUUUUUAUUAUCGAGUAGACGAGCUGUGCGUUCUUUUCCGAGCUUCACUUUGGUGCAUUCAGCAGUCACCUGGAGCCGGUGAUUGUUCGUGUUUCCCUUCUCAUCGUCAGCCAAAUGAACACUUGGAGUCAGAGGAGAAAGACUCAAGCUUUUCUUCAUUCAUUUUUAGUUAAACUCUUGGGGAAUGUCAUGAAGAGAAAAUUACAAAUGUUCUUCCUGUGACUGAAAUCCAUAGAGGGACUGCCAAAAAAAGAAAGAAAAAGACUUAUAUUCUUAUACAAUAGUUGAGCAAUACAAAAAAAGGGAGCAUCAGAGGGUAGCAAACACUUUCCACUUUCAGGUACUUUUACUCCUCUUUCGGACAUGUUUAGACCACAAGCAAGAUUUUAUCCACUUUCUUUCUAUACACAAUUUUUUUAAAGAAUAUAAAAAAUGUUCAUAGUGCACUUGUAAAAAUGGACUUUGUGUAUGAGUGGAUUUUCUCCUUCCUCUUGUUUCUGUUGCGACUUUAAGUGCAAUGAUUGAAUCCUUCUUUUGUCGUUAAUUUAUUACUAAUUGUUACUGAUGAUGUAAAAAAAGCAACGGACUUUAUUUACAUCUUGUUUUCGCUUCAUCUUUUUUUAUUGUCUAGUACGUGGGUGUCGAAGGAGUUUUGUUUUUAUCUGAAAAAACUGGCAAUAUUUUUGAACUAUUUAUGAAAAUGAAAUAAGGAAGCAGGUUGGGUUUGCAGAGAAUCUUUUUGCCAAAUAAUGUUUUUCUGUACAGAUUUGAAUUGUUGCUGAUGUUGCCUUUGGUACAGACAUGCAUCAAUGGUAGCAAACUAGCGGUACUUUCUUUUUUGUGGGAUUUACUGUUGCCAAAAAUUCAGCAACGCUAAGAGGAAUCGUAUAUUAUACACCUGAAGAACACUAUUUAAGGGCUUGUUGUUAGUUCGGGUACAUUUGGGAGACUUGAAUGAUUUUAGCGUUGACUUCAUCGCGUCGAAAAUGACGAAUAUUGCAGCUUGAAAGGGAAAAAAACAUUUGAAAAUAACUUUGAAAUGUUGAUUAUACCACAUGCUUAAAAACACAAAUUGUAAUUUUGAGUUUAUAGUAAAAGAAGACUAAAAUGAAA